AUGGAUUUGAAAUUUUACGAUUGAUUAAGAGAAGACACUAAACUACAAGUUGGAGAGUUUGUGUUUAAUAUAAAAUAUCGCGCAAAGGAUUGGACUUAUUACCAAUGUAAUCAUAAAAAUUGUAAUGGAUCAAUCAAAAUCCAAAACCCACCCUUUUGAAACAUUUUGAAUUUGUCUGGAUUAAGAAUCAUGAUAAUCAUGAAAACAUCGAUCUGAUAA